AAGUUGUUAGUUUAUGUGGCACAGCACAUAACAUCGCGGCCGGUGUUUUCGGUGUCGCUUAUGUCGCUUGUUUGAAUAUAUUUGGGCAUUGUGUGCUUGUAAGAAGUGAUUUCUUGUUAUAAAAGAAAUGGCAAAUUAUCUUGGAUAUUCACUGUUUUUCUUGUAUUGUCUAGCACACAUUGUUGAUGUAUAUGGAGGGAGGGAUUUCUACAGCAUACUUGGAGUACCAAAGAAUGCUGACACAAGGCAAAUCAAGAAAGCUUACAGAACAAAAGCAAAGAAUUUGCAUCCAGACAAGAACAAGGAUGACCCUGAUGCAGAUGAGAAAUUUAAAGAUCUAGGAGCUGCUUAUGAGGUCCUCUCAGAUGAAGAUAAAAGGGCCAAAUAUGACAGAUGUGGAGAGGAGUGUGUUAAAGAAGAUGGAGGCUUUGGUAACAUGGACCCGUUCGCGUCGUUUUUCGGCGGUUUCGGGUUCGACUUUGACGACGGCCACCAGCGGGGCCGGGGCGAGACGCCGCGCGGCGCCGACGUGGUCAUUGACCUCUGGGUCACGCUCGAGGAGCUCUACUCGGGCAACUUUGUCGAGGUGGUGCGAAACAAACCAGUGUUUCGGCCGGCGUCCGGUACGCGGCGCUGCAACUGCCGCCAGGAGAUGGUGACUCGACAGCUGGGCCCGGGUCGGUUCGCCAUGACUCAGCAGCAGGUCUGCGACGAGUGUCCCAACGUCAAGCUGGAGUCGGAGGAGCGACUACUGGAGGUGGAGGUCGAACAGGGCAUGAAGGACGGUCAGGAGCAGCGGUUCGUCGCCGAGGGAGAGCCGCACGUCGACGGAGACCCUGGUGACCUGAUCUUCAAGAUCCAGACGCGGCCGCACCCGCGUUUCGAGCGAAGGGGAGACGAUCUGUACACAAACGUGACUGUCUCACUGUCUGACGCUCUCACCGGCUUCGACAUGGAGAUCGAGCACCUGGACGGCCACAAGGUGCGCGUGCAGCGUGAAAAGGUCACCUGGCCCGGCGCGCGCAUCCGCAAGAAGGGAGAGGGCAUGCCCAACUACGAGAACAACAACCUGUUCGGCACCAUGUACAUCACAAUCGACGUCGAUUUCCCUAAGAAGGAGUUCAGCGAAGAGGAGAAAGAGAAUCUGCGGGACAUUAUUCAACAAGAGAGCAAGUUCAAAGUGUACAACGGAUUGGACGGUUACUGACGCGAAGCCGUCUGAUCAACUAGUCCAAUGCUAUCGGGCCGGCCGGGCGGGCGGGUGAGUCUUACCCCACCUGACCCGACCUCUUCCCGGUCCAUCUGGCUCAUGGGUGAAGAGAACUGACGUCGAACGGGCCAAUCCGUGGCAUGACCUCAACGUGGGCCCGUACUGAAAACGUCUCCGGCGUCGAUUCUGUGAUGGGUUAGUCGCCUGUGUCGCUUCGAGCGACACACUUUGGGCAUCGACGGAUGGGUGAGGUGAUAGGCGCGUGAGAGCGAGAUGGGUGGGUCUUAUUGUUUCAGAAGUGAACAGUCUAUUUGUUUUACUCUUGUUAGGUGUGGUUAGGCGUGCAUUAGUCAGAAGUUCCGUUUGUUUCGCCGUGGGUGUGAGGAAUUGGUUCGAUGUGCGUGCCUCGUUGAAGCGAUUCCCUCGUGGGUCGGUCGCGACUCAAAUAAAGCGGUGGGAACGGAAGGGUGGGAGUUAAUUUACGUGGUCUGGGGACUGUCUGGUGACCGCCGUCCGGACGCAAUGAUACAGGUCUGGUGAUACAGUGGCCAUUCCGUGUCUGAUUCUGGCAUUGCACAACCCGCUUCAAUGUCGAUCACAAACAAUACACAUCAUUCACCUGA